AUGAAAGCACCUCUUCACGACAUCACUUCUCUCGUGUCGACUGCUCUUGUUCUCGGCCGCUGCCGAUACCUCACAUGUGUGCUGCAACAUUGGCGUCACUUUGUGCAAAUUGCUUCCAUCCGAUCCGGACUCUUGUCUCAACAAGAACUUGCAGUUUCUCAUCCCUGCAUCGUAGUACCAUUUACUGAACCAACCUCUCUCCUGUUUAUCACUCAUCGCGAUCUUCUUCACACGCUGUCUCUUACGUGGGCCACGUUCCCGUACAUAGUUUCUUCCAUUUUUUGCGUGUACUUGGAAGAUUAA